AGAGGAAAAGUGAAAAUUAAAAUAACAGGCACGAAAUGGAAUAACUAUUUCAAAAAAAAUGAUAAUCUGUGUUGCACAUUCAAAAUGCAUACUCGUUUGUUUCCAUUUAAAAUUACAUCACCGGAUAUGAUUUUUUUCGAGAUUUUGCCUUUCUCUACGGAAGCAAACCACACGAACAAAGGAUCAAUUCACCCCCUCAACUUGGCACGAAAUAUCAAAUGAGUCAUUUUAAACGUUUUUCGGUCAAAUAAACCCGCAACUUGCGUUUUUCGCUCAAAUCAACCCCUCUAACACAAAAACACCCCAAAAAGAGAGUGAGAUUGCUAAACCCAAAAAUUAAUUCUAAUUAAUUACGAUUUAAUUCUAAUUAAACACAAUCAAAAUUAUAAUUAACACUAAUUUAACUUAAUUAUUUUAAUUUAGCACCUAAUCAACAAUAAUUAACUCAAAAAAAAAAACUAAUUAAACCUAGACUCAAGUUUCCGCCGCCGCCACAAUUCCUUCCAACCCUCGCCGAGCAGCCAAACUGGAUCAACCUUACCUAAUUAACAACUAGAACUACCCACCAUUGCCGCCACCACUGCUCUCAUUUUCCAAAGUAAACUACCGCCUGCCUCCAUGAUUCAUAGCAAAAUGGAUCAAUAAAAGAAGAGCAAAAUUAUUGUUUCAUCUCAACAAAUCAAUAAAAUUGAAAAAAAAACAACAAACCAAUUCCCAGUAAAUCAAACCAAUUCAAAUAAAAAAAACAAGCGACAAUAAACGGCGAUAAAGCAACGAUCUUUAAAAGUCGAUGAACGGUUGCAGGUGAUGGCGACGCUGGUUGCUAGAAGAAAACGACGGUUGCUGCUCGACAAGGAUGACGAACAAUCGAAAAUGGCGGAGGCGAUAGCAGACGAAUUACGGCUAGCGUGAACGAGAUCCUCAGGAAGCCAAAGGAGUAGUUUUGCUUCGUCCAACGAGAUGCAAUCGUAUAGUCACAAUCGCCUGAGUAAGGUUCUGAAGAAGGUCGGCAGCGGUGGCUACUAGUGAUGGAGGUGGCGGCGGAGUGAAUUUGAGAAGAUGAUUAGUUGCGGGAUCCUUACUCUUGUCGCCGAUGAAAUCGGACUUUUCCGAUAUCUUGGCCACGAGCUCGAUCGCCUCAGAAACUCACUCGACGAGGUUCGUGACAUACUGCUAGUUGCUGAAGAGAAACGGGAGAAACUUAAACUCAAGAGUGUGAAUCGUUGGCUGAAUCAGCUCAGAGAUGCUGCUUAUGAUGCUGAAGAUGUUCUUGAAGCGGUAAUCUAUGAGGAUCUUCGUCGAAAAGUAGAGAACCAAAACCAAAAAAAGAAGGUACUCAAUUUUAAUCCACUCCCCAAAAUCACUCGUUUUACUAAAAAAGCUUGUUUUCGCACGAAAAUUGUUCAUAAAAUUAGGAAUGUGAAUGAUUUGAUGGAUAAAAUUAAAAAUUCCAGUGCUUUUGGACUUCAAGUCAUCACUAGAGAAAGAUUAGUGUCACAGAUCGACUUGAACAGAGUUACUGACUCGGUACCUGAAAACCCUAUCCUUGGGAGAGAGGGUGACGUGUCCAAAAUUGUUAACUCGCUGACUAAUAUUAUUUGUGAUGAAGAAGUUCUCGCCGUCAUUCCCAUUGUGGGAAUGGGCGGUCUUGGAAAGACGGCAUUAGCUCAAUCCAUUUGCGAGAAGGUAAUGGGGAAUUUGUUUGAUGUAAAGAUUUGGGUAUGUGUUUCCGAUAAUGCUAAUGACCAGAAAAUUCUGGGAGAAAUGUUGCAAACUCUAGGCCGAGACAAAGGUGGGUUAACUAACAAAGACGCAAUUCUUCAACAGCUCGAGAAGGAAUUAGAAAGGAAAAAAUUUCUUCUCAUUCUCGAUGAUGUAUGGGCGGAUGUAUCCACUUGGUGGGAUAGUUUGAAGACGCGUUUGUUGAGAAUUAGUCACAAUAAGGGAAAUGCCAUUAUUGUCACCACUCGUAGUGAGGAAGUGGCGUCUUUGGUUGAGUCUUCUUACGAGGUUAGGCAUAAUUUGAAUGUGCUGACUGAUGAUGAUUGCUGGUCCAUUAUUGAGGAAAGAGUGAAAGCAAAUAGAGAAAUGUCCAUUCCUUCAGAUUUUGAGGCGAUUGGGAAGGAGAUUGCGAAAAAAUGUAGAGGAGUACCCUUAGCUGCAAAAGUUUUAGGUGGGACAUUAGCAUUUAAGAGGGAAAAGGAAGCUUGGGUGUCGAUUAAGAAUAGCAAAGUUUUAGAUGCAUCUGAUCAUAAGGAUAAUGUGAAUUCCAUACUAAAACUAAGUUUUAAUCAUUUACCUUCGUGUUUAAAACAAUGUUUUGCAUACUGUUCAAUUUUUCCUAAAGACUAUUUUCUUGAAAAAGAAGAAUUAAUUCAGCUUUGGAUGGCUGAAGGUUUUGUUGAGCCAUGUAAUGCAGAUGUGGGCGAUAAGUACUUUAAUGCCUUACUCUGUAACUCUUUCUUUCAAGAUGUGGAAAGAAAUAAAUACGAGAAUAUAGUCGGUUGCAAGAUGCAUGAUAUUGUGCAUGAUCUUGCGAUGUCUCUUUCUAAGCUGGAAGUAUUGACUUUAGAUAACUUUUCAUUCAGAGAUGAUUUAUCUUGCAUUCGCCGUUUUGAUUUAGAAAGUCAAAAUGCAUUUAGUUUAAGGGGCAUUCAUGCUCAAAAAUUGCGUACCGUCUUCUUACUGAUGGAUAUGGUCCUUGAUGAGUCAUGGUGGAAGUUCAAAAACUUGCGGACUCUAAACUUGGAAGGCUGUGAGAUUGAAGAAUUGCCAUCUCCAAUUGGUGACUGUAAACUCUUGAGAUAUCUCGAUGUCUCACACACUGAACUUAAAGCGUUGCCUAAUUCUAUCACCACUCUUUAUCGUUUGCAAACUUUGAGAUUCCUUGGAUGCUGGAAGCUUACGGAGCUUCCUAGAGAUAAAAUGAGCAAUCUCGUGAGCUUGAAGAAUAUUCAAUUUUCCAUGGAUGAGCAGAUGCCGAGUGGAUUGGGGAGGUUAACAUGCCUUGAAAGGUUGCCAUUAUUUGUUGUGGGCAAUGAUUGGGGAGGGAGCAUUCAAGAAUUAGAAAGGUUAAAUGAACUAAGAGGAAAGUUGUCCUUAAAUCAUCUCGAGAAUGUUAGAGGUAAGGAAGAAGCCGAGAAAGCAAAUCUAAAAAUGAAAAAGAUGAUAAAAUCCUUGAAAUUUGGAUGGACUGAGGGAUCAUCUAUAGAAAAUAGAAACAACGAAGAAGUGUUGGAAGCACUGGAGCCUCAUCCAAACAUUGAGAGCAUAAAGAUCGAGGAUUAUAUGGGUGAGAAUUUUCCAGCGUGGGUGUUGAUGAUGCAAGUUUCCAGUGAAGGUGGUAGUUUCACGCUAUUUAAUAACUUGGUGAAGCUGACAUUAAGACACUGCAGUAAAUGUGAACAAAUCCCAAGGCUCGGAUAUCUUCAAAGUCUUAAAUAUCUCGAGAUAACUUGGAUGGAGAAAAUGAAAAUUAUAGGCAAUGAAUUUUAUGGCAUUAAUAGUGGUGAUGGCUCAAGCAAUGGACAGACGAUGUUUCCUGCAUUAAAAAGUAUCAAUUUAAGUUGUUUAUCGAAUCUAGUUGAAUGGAGGGCUCCGGAGCUAGAUGACAGUGAGGCAGUUGUUGUUUUUCCUUGCCUCGAAAAGUUGCGCAUCAAAGAUUGUGUAAGAUUGACAAAGAUUCCAAUGAGAAGUCUUCCUUCAUCCCUUGUAAAACUGGAAAUUGAAUGCUGUGCACUAACUUGUCUUCCAAGCGAGUUGCAAUCCUUCGCGUCGUUAGAGAAAUUGUCUAUCAAUCGUUGUAUUGGGCUGACAUCUAUUCCUGAAGACUUUGGGAGAUUGAAUUCUCUCGUUUCUUUGCAAAUCAUAAAUUGUAUAAGUUUGAGUAAUUUUUCUGAGGAGAUUUUAGGCAGUCUCACCAAAUUAAAGGAAUUGGAAAUCGGAAAUUUCUCGGAAAAGUUGGAAGAUUUCUCUUAUAUGAACUCAAUCCAAAACAUUGAUUCUCUUGAAAAAUUAUCAAUAUAUGAGAGAAAUAUGGAGUCUCUGCCAGAUCAAAUUCAAGGGCUCACUUCCCUCGAGUAUUUGGGUAUAUUUUAUGCUGAUAAAUUGGAAGCUUUGCCGGAGUGGUUGGGCAAUAUUUCCUCUCUUCGGAGCCUUAAUAUUGAGUACUGUUUGAAUCUGAAGUAUCUACCAACAGCAGCAGCAAUGAAACGCCUCGCCAAAUUGACAAGUGUUUCGAUUUAUUAUGGUUCUGUGUAUCUUAUGGAAAGUUGCAAGAAUAAGAGUGGCUCUGAGUGGGAUAAGAUUUCUCAUAUUCCCAACCUCAGAUUCUAUUAAUUUUAUUUAAUCUUGCAAGAACAGGUUCAUUCUAUUGUAUAAAGUUCAAAUUUGUGUGUUUUCAUGAAAUAAUGUACUUAUGGUACUUGCA